UCUCUCUCUCUCUCUCUCUCUCUCUCUCUCUCUCUCUCUCUCUCCAAGCUUUGAUAAUGGAAGAAUUAGUGCUAAACAAAGAUCAGAUUAUUGAAUUCCAGGAGGCCUUUAGUCUAUUUGACAAAAACGGAGAUGGUUCCAUUUUUGCCCUUCAUAUAUAUAAUUUUGCAGGUUGCAUUACAAUAGAAGAACUAGCCACAGUAAUAAGGUCGUUGGAUCAAAACCCGACCGUCGAAGAACUCCGCGACAUGAUCAACGAGGUCGAUUCCGACGGUAACGGAACCAUCGAAUUUGAAGAAUUCAUGACUCUCAUGGCCAAAAAAAUGAAGGAGAGUGAUGCAGAGGAAGAACUGAAAGAAGCAUUCAAAGUGUUUGACAAGGAUCAAAAUGGCUACAUAUCUGCUGAUGAGCUUCGACACGUGAUGAUCAACUUAGGGGAGAAAUUAACAGACGAAGAGGUUAAGCAGAUGAUUAAAGAGGCUGAUUUGGAUGGAGAUGGUCAAGUUAAUUACGAUGAAUUUGUCAAGAUGAUGAUUAAUAUUGGAUAGAAUUAAGGAUUACAUAAUUUUAAUUAUUAAGUUCAAUUUGAUUGUUAUUAGAUUGAUUUGUGAUUGUAUUCUUUUAUUU